AUUUUGCUUCUUCCUUCUUCUUCUUCUUCUUCUUCCUUCUAACAUUCCCAUUCCUCCGUAUGGGUCUCAUCACUUCCUAACUCUUCUCUCUCUCUCUUAUAUCUUCUUGUUUAGCUUAUAUGAUGAAGAAGCAAUCUCAAUUCAGAUCCAAUCAUACCCUUCUCUUCUUUCUCUGAUCAUCCAUCACCAACAACAACAACAGCAACGGUUCGGCUUCUUUAAUUCCAGUUUUGGCAGAGAGAGAGAGAGAGAUGGCGAUGUUAGUUGAGCCACCAAAUGGGAUUAAACAACAAGGGAAACAUUACUACUCGAUGUGGCAAACGUUGUUCGAAAUCGAUACUAAGUAUGUUCCUAUUAAACCCAUUGGAAGAGGAGCUUAUGGUGUGGUUUGUUCUUCAAUCAACCGAGAGACUAACGAGAGAGUUGCUAUUAAGAAGAUUCACAAUGUGUUUGAGAAUCGUGUUGAUGCUUUGAGGACGUUGAGGGAACUUAAGCUUCUUAGGCAUGUGAGGCAUGAUAAUGUCAUCGCGCUUAAAGAUGUUAUGUUGCCUUCUAUUAGAUCGAGUUUCAAAGAUGUGUAUUUGGUUUAUGAGCUUAUGGAUACUGAUCUUCAUCAGAUUAUCAAAUCCUCUCAGUCUCUUUCUGAUGAUCACUGCAAAUACUUCUUGUUUCAGCUGCUUAGAGGAUUGAAGUAUCUUCACUCUGCAAACAUACUUCACCGGGAUUUGAAACCAGGGAAUCUCUUAGUCAAUGCUAAUUGCGAUCUCAAGAUUUGUGAUUUUGGGUUGGCGAGAACGAGCCAAGGCAAUGAGCAGUUCAUGACGGAGUAUGUGGUUACUCGUUGGUACCGAGCACCUGAGCUCCUUCUCUGCUGUGAUAACUAUGGAACUUCCAUUGAUGUCUGGUCAGUUGGAUGCAUAUUCGCGGAGAUUCUUGGUCGAAAACCAAUUUUCCCGGGAACAGAAUGCCUCAACCAGCUUAAGCUAAUCAUCAAUGUUGUUGGUAGCCAGCAAGAAUCAGAUAUUCGGUUCAUAGACAACCCGAAAGCCCGAAGGUUUAUAAAGUCUCUUCCUUUCUCAAGAGGAACCCAUCUAUCCAAUCUUUAUCCACAAGCCAAUCCUCUAGCUAUAGAUUUGUUACAGAGGAUGCUCGUGUUCGAUCCAACCAAGAGAAUCUCUGUAACAGAUGCACUCUUACACCCAUACAUGGCAGGGCUGUUUGAUCCUGGAUCCAACCCGCCUGCAAAUGUCCCAAUCUCGCUAGACAUAGACGAGAACAUGGAGGAACCAAUGAUCAGAGAUAUGAUGUGGAACGAGAUGCUUUAUUACCACCCUGAAGCUGAAAUCGCAGACGCCUAAUCAUCAUCAUCAUCAAUGAUCAUCAAGAGUAAGCUUUUUCCAGUUUUUUUUUUUCUUCUUUCUUUCUACAAUGCAGCUUUGAUGUUGUUAUGUUAUAUAGCGAGUCCACAAACGCGGAAACAAAUCGAUAUAUAUAAAAAAAAGGCCUGGUGCUUUGAUCUCGCCUGGUUUGAUUUAGUUGCAGUGAGUGAGUGAGUGAGUAGUAGUAUCUCUUUCCCACUUUGUAAAUGUGACUGUUUGUUACUAAGUUAAAAGGCCUUUGUUUCUUCUUACAUUAUUUUUGAGUUGAUGAUGAGUUUACUUA